ACCUCGCGCCCGAAGCCCCCUCCCCCGGGCAGCGAAGAGGCAUCGUCCAUCCUCAACCUCGGCGAAUUCCAACACGUCGACACGCUCACGUUGUCUGAAGCAUCACUCGUCAUCAACGCGCUCGUGACCAAGCGCAAGAUGGAUCGCAAGAACAUUAACGAGACCGAGAUGUUGACACAGACUCUCAACUACCUCGACGCCUUCUCCCGAUUCCGCCAGAAAGAGAACGUCGAGGCCGUCGAACGACUGCUCUCCGCACACAAGCAGCUCGCCAAAUUCGAGCGUGCACAAAUAGGGUCGCUUUGCUGCGAAACGGCCGAGGAAGCCAAGACACUCAUUCCGUCCCUACAAGACAAAAUCUCCGACGAUGACCUCCAAAUACUUCUCGACGAGAUCAGCAAGCUCCAGAGCAGAUGA